AUCAACAUGCUUACCAUAUUGUAUAAUUAUCAAUUUCAUCCUAACUCAAUUAGAAAUUAGACAAUUUUCUUUUUGACAACCAAAACACCCCAAGAAAAACACAGGACGAUUCCUGCACAGAAGAGCAAAAAUGUCUAGUCUUUAACAGAUUUGGGAUGGAAAUAAGAGCUAAUGUAAUAGUUGGACUAGAUUUGGAAUGAAAUUGAUAAAAUUUAUUGGAUGGGGAUGGAAUUAAGAGUAAGGCAAUAAUUUAAGGAUAAAAGGGGUUUCCAAAAAAUAAAAGUUUGUUGGUGAAUCCAAGUAUCCAACUACAACUAAACAAACAAGCCCACCAAAAACUCGAGUAAAAUCAAACCCCUUCAAAAAACCACGAAGAAAACACAGUGUGGGUGUUGUGUUCUUGUGUUGUACAAAGAAAAGAGAGACAGUGAAAGCCAUGGCUCAAGUGAGCAAAAUCAACAGUGGAGCCCAAAACACCUACACGGUACCUAAUCUUUCGAAACCCCAGAACCCAAAUGUUUAUCUUCAAUUUCCUUUAGAUCACAGCUCAUUAAAGGGUCUUCUUUGGGAUUAAAGCAAAGUAAAAAAAACGGGUGAUUGCAGACUAAAGGUUGGACCUUUAAAGGUUCUAGCUUCAGUUGCUACAUCAGAUAAGCCAUCAAUUGUACCUGGGAUUGUUUUGCAACCCAUCAAAGAUAUUUCUGGUACUGUUACUUUGCCGGGUUCUAAGUCUUUGUCUAAUCGGAUUCUCCUCCUUGCUGCUCUCUCUGAGGGUACGACUGUUGUUGACAAUUUGUUGAAUAGUGAUGAUGUUCAUUACAUGCUUGGUGCACUCAGAACACUUGGACUAUGUUUGGAAGAGAACACGGAACUCAAACAAGUGAUCGUAGAAGGUUGUGGUGGUCAGUUUCCAGUGGGAAAAGAAGCAAAGAUUGAUGGUGGACUUUUCCUUGGAAAUGCUGGAACGGCAAUGCGGCCAUUUACAGCUGCAGUUACUGCUGCAGGUGGAAAUUUGAGCUACAUACUUGAUGGGGUGUCACGAAUGAGAGAGAGACCAAUUGGUGAUUUGGUUAUUGGUCUUCAGCAGCUUGGUGCAGAUGUUUCUUGUUCUCCUACAAACUGCCCCCCUGUUCGUGUAAAUGCAAAUGGAGGCCUUCCAGGGGAAAAGGUUAAACUCUCUGGAUCGAUAAGCAGUCAAUACUUGACUGCUUUGCUCAUGGCAGCUCCUUUAGCCCUUGGAGAUGUGGAAAUUGAGAUAAUAGACAAGUUGAUUUCUGUUCCUUAUGUUGAGAUGACUUUAAAGUUGAUGGAGCGCUAUGGAGUCUUUAUACAACAUAGUGAUAGCUGGGAUCGUUUCUUCAUUCGAGGAGGUCAAAAAUACAAGUCUCCUGGAAAUUCUUUUGUUGAGGGUGAUGCUUCAAGUGCCAGUUACUUCCUAGCUGGCACAGCAAUCACUGGUGGGACCAUCACUGUUGAAGGUUGUGGAACAGACAGUUUGCAGGGAGAUGUAAAAUUUGCAGAGGUUCUUGAGAUGGGAGCUAAAGUUACCUGGACCAAGAACAGUGUUACUGUCACUGGACUGCCACGAGAUUCUUCUGGUUGGAAACACUUGCGUGCUGUUGAUGUAAACAUGAACAAAAUACCAGAUGUUGCUAUGACUCUGGCUGUUGUUGCGCUUUUCGCCAAUGGCCCUACUGCCAUAAGAGAUGUGGCAAGUUGGAGAGUGAAAGAAAUGGAACGGAUGAUUGCUAUUUACACGGAACUCAGGAAGUUGGGAGCAACAGUUGAAGAAGGACCAGAUUACUGUGUGAUUACUCCCCCUGAGAAACUAAAUGUUCAGAUUGACACUUAUGAUGAUCACAGGAUGGCAAUGGCAUUCUCUCUUGCUGCUUGUGGAGAAGUCCCAGUCACCAUCAAGGACCCUGGUUGCACUCGAAAAACUUUCCCAGACUACUUUGAAGUCCUUGAGAGCUUUUUGGGCUACCCUCUUACGCUUGACACUCAUGACAUUCACGUGCCUCUAGUCAUCAAAGAAACUGGGAAGAAGGCAUUGGUCUCCAUAUCUGAGAAAUCUCACCUCCAAAGCUUUAGCUGGCACCGACUCGCAAGGCAUGAAAUAGGCAUGGAACAUGUUGCCCGAAGUAUAUAAAUAUAGAACUAGUUAGAGGGGCGCCCCUUCUGCGUUGUUAUUAUUAUUAUUAUUUUUCAUCAGGUUCUCACAUGGGGUCUAUAGUGUGCUCCUGGUGGGUGGUGGCUAUGAAAAUUACUAUUUCCUUUGCUUUAACUUCCAAAUAUAGACUUGGAUAUAAUUUUCUUCAA